UGCACAACGGCUUUUCCUCCCCGUGCAGCACCGGAUCCGAAAGGGCCCCAUCUCACUCCCACUCGGCGAUGCUGCCGCCACCACCGCGGCCGCCAUGGCCAUCCCUCUCUUCUCCCCCUCCCUUCAAAGCGUCGUCGCUCGCCAAAGAAAUGAGCAGCACCCUCCUGCACCGAAGAAGGCAGCGAGAUGCAGCUCCCUCCCAUGUCUCACGCCGCCGCCUUCUUGCUCCUUGUCACGCUCGCCGCGUCCAUUACACCGCCGUCGGAGGCGUCGUCCGCGGGAGCCGGUGACGCAGACGUCUUGCUCGCCUUCCUCGCCUCCCUGCCGCCGGCGUCCCGACGCGUCCUCCGCCCGUCGUGGAAGGCGAACGCCACCAGCAGCAGCGGCGGCGUUGGUGGCUCCGGACACUGCGCGUUUCUUGGCGUCGCGUGCACAGCCGCCGGCACCGUUGCCGCGGUCAACCUCUCCGGGGUGGGUCUCUCUGGCGCGCUAACAGCGUCCGCGCCGCGGCUCUGCGCGCUCCCGGCGCUCGCUGCGCUCGACCUCUCCCACAACCGCUUCACGGGUCCCAUCCCCACCGCGCUCGCCGCGUGCUCCGGGGUUACCGCGCUCCUCCUUGGCGGCAACCUCCUCACCGGCGCUGUCCUCCCUGAAUUCCUCUCCUUGCGCCGGCUCCAGAAGAUCGACCUCAGCGCCAACGCGCUCACCGGCGAGAUUCCCGCCGCCGGCUCUCCGGUUCUCGAGUACCUCGACCUCAGCGUCAACGCCCUCUCCGGCACCAUCCCGCCGGAGCUCGCCGCGCUCCCGGGGCUCAGCUACUUGGACCUGAGCAGCAACAAUCUAUCCGGGCCAAUGCCGGUGUUCGCUGCGCCGUGCGGGCUCGUCUACCUCAGCCUCUACUACAACCAGAUCGCCGGGGAACUCCCCCGGAGCCUCAGCAACUGCGGCAAUCUCACUACCUUGUACCUAUCCUACAAUCAAAUCGGUGGCAAGGUGCCGGAUUUCUUUACGUACAUGCCAAAUUUGCAAACGCUGUACCUUGACGACAACCAGUUCGCUGGGGAGCUGCCGAGGAGCAUCGGUGAGCUUGUGACCUUGGAAGAAUUGGUGGUGUCGAAUAACGGGUUCACAGGCCCUGUGCCGGAGGCAAUUGGUCAGUGCCAGUCAUUGACGAUGCUCUACUUGAAUGGCAACCAAUUCACCGGCGUCCCAUCGUUCAUUGGCAAUUUUAGCAGCUUACAGAAGUUCUCUAUGGCAGAUAAUGGCAUUUCUGGGCCAAUUCCACCGGAAAUUGGGAAAUGCCGGGAGUUGGUUGAGCUUCAACUCCAGAACAACAGCCUCUCCGGGGCGAUACCACCGGAAAUCGGUGAGCUUAGCCAACUGCAGAAGCUGUACCUAUUCAAUAAUUUGCUCAACGGGCCAGUUCCUUCAAAAUUAUGGCAGUUGGCUGAUAUGGUGGAGUUGUAUCUCUACAAUAAUAGCCUCAGUGGCGAGGUGCCUACAGAGAUAACUCAAAUGAGGAAACUCAGAGAGAUCUCCUUGUUCAGCAAUAACUUCACUGGUGUGUUACCGCAGGCCCUGGGGUUGAAUAUGACACCUGGACUUCUUCGUGUCGACCUCACUGGCAACCGUUUCCGUGGGGAGAUUCCACCCGGUCUCUGCACCGGAGGCCAGCUCAGCGUUCUUGAUCUUGGAGAUAACCAAUUCAGUGGGGGUUUUCCCACCGAAAUUGCUAAAUGUGAGUCUCUCUGGAGGUUUAUUCUGAAGAAUAACCUGAUCAGUGGCAACUUACCGGCAAAUUUGGGCACAAAUAUAGGAUUGUCAUACAUGGACAUGAGUGGCAAUCUGCUUGAAGGAAAGAUACCGAGUGCGCUUGGCUCAUGGCACAAUCUAACAAUGCUUGAUUUCUCCGAUAACAACUUCUCCGGACCAAUACCCAGUGAGCUCGGUGCUUUAAGCAGACUUGGGACUCUACGCAUGUUGUCAAACAGGCUGACAGGACAGAUACCACAUGAACUGGGAAACUGCAAGAAUCUCCUUCGUUUGGAUCUUGGAAAUAACCUUCUCAAUGGAAGUAUACCUGCAGAGAUCACAACACUUGGUAGCCUGCAAAAUCUUCUACUCGGAGAGAACAGCCUCACUGGACCAAUACCGGACUCCUUUACCGCAACACAGGAUCUAAUUGAGCUGCAGCUUGGUGACAAUUGUUUGGAAGGAGCCAUUCCUCGCAGCUUAGGUAACCUUCAGUACCUGUCAAAAACUCUUAACAUUAGCAACAACAGACUGAGCUGCCAAAUUCCAAGUAGUCUUGGAAACCUUAAGAAUCUUGAAGUGCUUGACUUGUCAAGAAACUCAUUGUCUGGCCCAAUCCCCUCUCAGCUGAGCAACAUGAUCUCACUUUCGGUUGUGAACAUUUCAUUCAAUAAGCUCUCCGGUCAGCUCCCUGCUAACUGGGUUAAUCUUGCAGUACAGUCACCAGAUGGUUUUUUGGAGAAUCCUCAAUUGUGCAUAGACUCUGCUUGUGCGCAUUGCUGCAAGAAUCAACCUGGAAAACUUCGAUACAGGAAGAAAAGGAUUCUUGUGGCAUUGCUAAUGUCAACUCUCAUUGUCAUGAUUGCUGGCUUGUGUGCUGUUCACUACACUGUUAAGAGAUCACAGUGCUUAUCAUCAAGACAGCGCGCUGUCCGUAACCUGGACUCGACAGACAAAUUGCCAGAAGAGCUGACCUAUGAAGAUAUACUCCGAGCAACAGACAACUGGAGCGAGAAGUAUGUCAUUGGAAGAGGCCGGCAUGGCACAGUCUACCGGACAGAUUGCAAAAUUGGGAAGCAGUGGGCAGUUAAGACAGUUGAUCUGUCCCAGUUCAAGUUCCCCAUUGAGAUGAAGAUUCUGAACAUGGUGAAGCACCGCAACAUUAUCAGGAUGGCCGGCUACUGCAUCCGUGGUAGCACUGGCCUAAUCCUCUCUGAGUACAUGCCCGAGGGCACGCUCUUUGAGCUAUUGCAUGAAAGGAAGCCUCAAGUGGCCCUUGACUGGAUGGUCCGGCAUCAGAUCGCCCUUGAUGUAGCUCAAGGUCUCUCCUAUCUGCACCAUGACUGUGUACCCAUGAUUGUUCAUAGGGAUGUCAAAUCCAGCAACAUACUGAUGGAUGCCGAGCUUGUGCCCAAACUCACAGAUUUUGGCUUGGGAAAAAUUGUCGAUGAUGAGGAUGCCGACGCAACAGUGUCCAUCGUUGUUGGUACCCUUGGCUACAUUGCUCCAGAGCAUGGAUACUCCACAAGAUUAACUGAGAAGAGCGAUGUCUACAGCUAUGGAGUAGUGCUACUUGAGCUCCUUUGCAGGAAGAUUCCUGUGGAUCCUUCAUUUUGUGACGGUGCGGACAUUGUGACAUGGAUGAGAACAAACCUGAAGCAAACAGAUCGCUGCAGCAUCAUAAGCUGUCUGGACAAAGAGAUCAUGCACUGGCCUGGAGAUGACCAAGCAAAGGCUCUGGACGUGCUGGAUCUGGCGAUUGCGUGUACACAGGUGGCUUACCAGUCGAGGCCUUCCAUGAGGGAAGUGGUGAACAUCUUGAUGAGAAUAGAAAAGUAAGUUUUCAGUCGUCUUAUGGCAUGGAUUGUCUUUGAAUUAACCAAAAAAAAAAAAAAAGAUGGAUAUGCAAUUGUACAGUUCGGAAGUUUCAAAAGACAUUGACAAAUAAAAUUACAGUGACCAGUAUUUGGGAAAAGUUUUGCACUACUAUACAUUCUGCAAGAGUUGUGGCCUCGUAUUGGAUCCCUUUUGCAAGCUUGCAGCAGCAGACUCUGUUAAUUAGUGAAGAAGAAUGGUCAUAACUAGUGCUAUAAUCUACACUAGUACUAAAGACAAUUGUGUAUAUAAUAGGGUUUAAGGUAGUAGAUAAUUUACUGUACCUUAUGCGAUGAGAUAUAGUAGUCAUCGGCAAUUUCA